AUGGCUUCCUUUCCAAUCUUAACUGUUCUUGAACAGGCCCAAGUGUCGCCACCAAAGGCCACCGUAGGCGAUAGGUUGUUGCCACUGACUUAUUUCGACUUCAUGUGGCUAAGACAACCUCCUAUUCACAAUCUAUUCUUUUAUGAGUUGUCCAUCACACAAAGCCAAUUCAUUGAAACUAUUAUUCCUAAACUCAAACAUUCGUUAUCAAUCACCCUUCAACAUUUUUUUCCAUUCUCAGGUAACUUGAUCGUGUUUCCUACCAAAAAGCCGGAAAUCCAUUAUUAUGAAGGUGAUUCUGUCGCGGUUACUUUUGCAGAAUGUAAUCUUGAUUUCAACGAAUUAAUCGGAAACCAUCCUCGAGAUUGUGAGAUGUUUUACCAUCUUACACCUCAAUUGGGCGAGGCUGAAAAGACCUCAGAUUUCACAAAGAGCCCGGUGUUCUCGGUUCAAGUGACACUUUUUCCAAAUUCCGGAAUCUCUAUUGGAAUGACAAAUCACCAUUGCUUGGGUGAUGCUAGCACUAGGUUUAGUUUCUUGAAGGCGUGGACAACGAUUGCUCGAUUUGGUUCGGAUGAGUCGUUUCUAGCUAAUGGAACUUUGCCCUUUUAUGAUAGAGUCAAAAACCCAAAACUAGAUGAAAGUUAUCUAAAGUUUGCGAAAAUUGAAAGCUUUAAAGAUGAGUAUCAACCUCCGAAACUAUGUGGACCAACUGAUAAAGUUCGAGCCACCUUUAUAUUGCAUCGAACUGUGCUCAAUAGGUUUAAAAAUUUGGUUUCAACACAACUAUCAACAUUAGCACAUGUAUCAUCUUUUACGGUUGCAUGUGCUUAUUUCUGGAGUUGCAUAGCAAAAAUACGCGAUGAUGGGCUGCAAAUGUUUGCCUUCCCCAUUGAUUGUCGGGCACGCAUGAACACCAAGAUCCCAGCAACCUACUUUGGCAACUGUAUUGGUUGGUGUAUGGCUAUGGAACAAGCCAAACAGUUAACAGGAAAAGAAGGGUUCAUGACUGCUGCAAAAUUGAUCGGAGAAAAUCUACAUAAGAGAUUGACAGAUAAGGAUGGAGUCGUUAAAGUUAUAGAGUCAUUUGGGGACUUGUUUCCCAAUGGGGUUCCAACAACUUCGAUCGGAGUUGCUGGAACGCCAAAGCUCAAGUUUUAUGACAUGGAUUUUGGGUGGGGUAAUCCCACAAAGAUCGAAACAAUUUCUAUUGAUUAUAAAGAAGCGAUAUCCAUGAACUCAUGCAAAGAAAAUAAUGAAGGUCUUGAGAUUGGCGUUUGCCUUCCGAGUACUGAGAUGGAGUCUUUUGUUCGUAUCUUUGAGGAUGGGUUAGAAAAAUAUGUCUAGCUAGAUGCAUAUAUAAUAACUCACAUGUAUACCCGAGCUACACGAUGGGAUCCUUUUGUUACGUCGCAACUGGUUGUCUUUAAACAAUUUUAUAACUAAAGCGCAUGAUCAACUUUUUUGUUCAACUAAUGCAUUUUCGUA